AUGAUAUAUACUUGUGUGUUGACACUCACUCCCAAGAGAGGCAAUCAGAUACGUCAUGUUAGUAACGCCCUUACAAUCAUUCCAAAAGGCAAUCUGAAACCCUCAAGUCGUGGUUUCAGUUAUUCAUCUCAAAGUUAUUCUCGACUGUUGAAGGGACAUUACAAGCCAUCACAUCUCACCAAAGCGUCAUCCCCGUCCAUCACUACUGCGAUAUCCAAAUGGUACAACGAACAUGAGUGUCAAAGGACUACAAUUCGAUUUCACAGCAGCCGAGGCAGAAACAGUGGCAGCAACUUCAAGUUGGACGCCCUCCCAUUUUCCAUAUCUCCUGAAGAAGCCCUCGAAAAAUGGAAAAAGUGGGCCGAGGAUGAUCAAUCUCUAAGCUAUCUAAUGAAUUACAAUUCCAUCCGUAUAGGCGCUGCCUUCUGUCCGGUAUGGUCCUUCGAUUUGAACAUUCGAUUUCCGGACGAAAGUAUGCCACCUACCUUCAAACAAGCAUUCUUUUCGUCCAAAGAUCCUAUACAUUUACCAGGUCUGAGUGCAUAUGCUGGAUACUCCUACCGUCGGUCUCUAGUAAAUCCGGUGCAUUCCACGUCUCUAGUCUUUCUGGGGGAUAAAACGGAGCCCUUUGGAGGAUGGAUGCUACGGGAUUUGACGCUCCAGUCCACUGGCGCCCCCAUUUCGGUUGUUCCAGAUGCUUGGAAUACCACCGAAGGCCGAGCUUUGCAAUUGGUUCGUCAAGAACUACAAACCUUGGUGGAUGUAUCGUGGAACAAUCGUGACAAUACAGAAGCGCCCAAAGUUGAACUCCAGGUUCUGAAGUCACGACGUGUUUACAUGCCAACCUUUAUCAUUGAUUAUGAAAUUUUGGGGCUGGAAUACCGAGCCUUUGUGAGUGGUUGUGACAAAGGCGCAGCUGUCGCUGGUGUCUCGCAUCAGAUCAUGGGGGAGGAUAGCAUGUUUCUGAAUCCGGAAUAUCACAGGGCCGCAGCCAAUUUCCUGACACAACCACUGAAUGUCAUCAUGCGACAACCGACACUGGCAGGACCAAUCAUUGGUCGCAUCUUGGCCGCAGCCUGGUUUUUCUUUGUCCGAAUCUGGACCAAGGUUCCCAUCAUUGGUGUAUUCGUAGGGUCGCUAGCUGGAUACCGAAAGAUCUAUCAACCGUGGAUGGACAACAAGACGGCAUCCGCCGAUUGGGAGCGUGAACGAGAAAAUGAAGCCCAAGAUGAUGACGACGAUAAGGAAAUGAAUCGUAACGAUUUCUUUGACAGAAGUGGUGCUGCCGAGAGUUACUUUCGUCGUCACAAGACUCGUAUUCUGAAUGACUUGGGUGGUCCCGAACACGAACAGGGCAAGUACGAUUGGUUCGAAGAAUGGCAGUCAUGGUCGAGGCAGCAAGCGGAACAGAAUCAAUCCUACCAGAGGCAACAGCAACAACAACGAACAUCAUCACAAUCAUCACGGCAGCAGCAGCAACAAGGCAGCUCUGGUGGAUACCAGUGGGACUUUGAUCCCAAUGAUCCAUACUCCGUGUUGGGAUUGCCUCGAAAUGCUACCAAGGAACAAGCAUCUCAGGCCUUUCGCAAGCAGAUGCUGCAGCACCACCCCGACACCCAACCAAAUGUCACGGAAGCUCAAAAGGCAAAACUUUUGGAACGAUCGAAACUGAUCACCGAUGCCUACCGAAAGAUCAAGGUCGAUAUGAAACGAAGGUAG